UGAUUGGCUGAUUUGUCCAGCCUGACGUUGAUUGGCUGGCUGUUAGUGGCUCUCCUUUUGCUGGGCGCCAUCUUGGCCGAGGCGGUGAAAGAAGUGAAGUGAAGAUGGUGGCUUUCUGGAGGCAAGCCGGCUUGAGCUACAUUCAGUACUCUCGAAUCUGUGCACAAGCAGUGAGGGCUGCCCUAAAGCCCCAGUACCAAGCAGAGGCAAAGAAAGCGGCAGAUGUAAAUGUUAAAGUCAACAAGCUGAAAGAGACCUGAGCAGUUUCUACAGACCUGAGCUUUUGGAUAUGAGAACACUUUGACCCAUCAUCCUGAAAGAUGGAAUUGCAAAUCCACUUGAAGACUGUGUCUGCAAAACUGACCAAAUGUUAAUUAAAAAUAUAGAUCUUA